AUGACCAAGUCGACCACCGCUCAGAGCGUCUCUGCUUUGGAUGACCAGGCCACACCAGCGGCAUGCCUGUCCUUUCUCGACCUCCCCGCCGAGAUCCGUAACACGAUAUACCGGUUCUCCCUCAUCGAGUCAUCCCCAGACCAACGCAUCCGCGGUCUCGUGCAGCCGCCCCUCGCACGCACAAACCGACAGGUCCGCUCCGAGUCUCUCCCAAUCUACUACGGAAACAACCGAUUCCAAGUCGAAAUCCCACCCAAGGGGCUGAUGCUCGAGCCCGAUCACUGGGCCGACUUCAUCAGGAUGUUCCGCGUCUUCAAGGCCGGGAGGGUCGAGGGCCGCCCGGGCACAGGAAGCCUGCAGUUCUUGAGGGACAUCUCCUUCACCCAGGACUGCGGCACGACCAGGCAGAGCUUCGACACCCUGCAGGUCAUCUUCUCGGUGCCUGACGGGCGACACACGCUGAAGCAGGCCAGCUGUACGGUAUGGGACAAGUGCUCUGCCUUCCGGACGACGAAGGGGCAUCUCAUGAAAAAGCGGGACCAUGUCUACAAACGCGUCGCAAAGGCUCUGCAGGAUCGCGCAGCCAUGUCUGAGACGUGUGUGGGUCGCCUCAUCAGCACCGUCCUCAUGGUAGCGAACGAGUGUCCAGGCGUUAUCCGGGAGGUUCAUUUCCAUGCGGAUUGGAGCAUGGACGAGGAGGAAUUCGGGCUUGAUUAUUGGUAA